GGCGCCUCAUUCCUCCUCACAGCGUGUGUCAUACAAAGGGGAUCUGCUGAGGGAAAUAUUUAUAACCACGGGAUAAUUCAGCCUCUGUCUACUUCACUUUUUUUUUCAAUAAUAUAUUUAUAUAUCUGAAAUUUGCUCAGAAUGGCUGAUGCAGUAGUGGACACCACCAAAGAGGUUAGCCCCAAGGACCUAAAAGAAAAGGCUGUGGAGGAGGCAGAGAAGAAAGAAAAUGGGAGUGGAGAUGCCCCAGCGAAUGGAACAGAGGAGGAGGAGAAUGGGGCUGAUCAUGUUGAUGAAAAUGCAGAGGAAGUAGAUGAGGAAGAGGAGGAUGAUGAAGAUGCUGAGGGUGAAGGUGAAGAGGAUGGUGAUGAGGAAGAAGGUGCUGAGGAGGAAGGAGAUGAAACAGAAGGCAAUGCGGUGAAGCGUCCUGCAGAAGAGCAGGAUGAAGUUGAAAGCAAGAGGCAAAAGUCAGAAAAUGGAGAGUCAACAAAACCCAAGACAGAAGCUUAAACAUUCCUUUGUUUAAAUUUUUAUAUCUUGAUGUUAUGGCCAAGUUCAAAAUGUAGAGAGUGUGCUUUUUUAAAUGUACAUUUGCAGAGUGGGUUUUUAUAUUGUACUGUACAACUGGUUCUUGAAACACCUGUCCAAGGCAUUGCUCUGGGGAAUAUUUGUUUUUUAUGAAGUUAUUUAUUAAUGGUCUUUGUACAACCAUAUUUGUAAUGGGUUUGAAUGCUGUAAUAAGUUUUGGGUCUGUUUCAAAAUGGGUUUAGAACUUGAAUUUGUACAUUUCAGAAGCACACACUUUACUGUUUACUGACCAUUUUCUUAUUUCAAGAAAAGAAAAUAAUUACUGCCCUUUUUUCUUUUUGUAAAUUGUGCUUAGGGUAGAGGUUCAUAUGCAAUGAAGACCAAAGAUAUAGGUCUUGCUAACUUGGGUAGGGGAGGGAAAAUUGGUCUUCUAUUCUGUACAAAAAUGAGAUUUAAAAAACAAGAAAAAAAGGCUUUCUUCAAGCUCCACAGUUUUGUUGUUAAUGUUUGUGGUGCAGUACAUUUCUAGUGAAAAUUGACGGGGUCAAUUUGUAAAUUUUGAACUCAUUGUGAUGUAUGCUUAAAACCCAUGGUUUAAAGAAUUGAUUAAAUUAGUAUCAUUUUUCCAUAUUGAACAAGGUUUAAAUUUGUAUACCUCAUUAGUUCAUGCUUGACCACUACUUUGUAUAUUCUGGUUAAGUACUAUAAAUAAAUCUGGGUUUUUUAAAAA